UCUCCAUCUCCCUCUCCCUCUCCGUCACAACCAAGCCCACAUUGUCUUUAUAUUUCUCUCCCUCAACCCAAUUCCUCACUCUUUCUACCACUUUGGUCUGAAAUUUGAUGAAACAGUAUUCAAACAAAAGAAUUGCAAACCCCACAAAAAUGUUACCUUCAAUUUUCACUCUCCUUCUCAUCUUCUUACACUGCAACCUCUCCUUAGCCACACCAUCAACUUCAACAACAACAACAGCAGAUUCCAAUAAAAACCAAACGGUGUCCAAAAAAGACCAAAUAGCAUGCACAGUGUGCAAUGAAUGUGAAAACCCAUGUCCUGUGCCAUCAACACCACCACCAGUGGUUGAGUACCCCCCACCGCCACCAGAACUCGAGGAAUGCCCGCCACCGCCUGCUCUGCCGCCACCGCCUGCUCUGCCGCCACCAGAACUCGAGGAAUGCCCGCCGCCACCACAACUUCCGUGUCCUGGUAAUUGUUACACACCAAAACCACCAUCAGGGCCUAACCAACGUCCUUUUCCACCAAAUGGACCAAAACCGUACCUAUCACCCCCAAACCCAAUUGUUCCUUACUUUCCAUAUUACUAUUACUACCCUCCAGAAUAUACUACAUCUAACUCUCUGCAUUUGAAAUUGAACCCAUGUGUUUCCUCCAUUGUUAUUUUCCUUACUUCUCUCUUAUGCUUCUUCUAGACGCAUUUUAUUAACUGUUUUUAAGUGGUGGGUCUUAGUGGCUCUCUCUUUCUUAAUUCUUUGUCAGUUAAAUUUCAAGGCUGAGAAAUUUUCUGUAGAAAGAAUGGGUGAUAUAUUUACUAUUUAGCAUUCCUCCUUUAGAUCUUGCCACGCUUCCCAUUGGAGAAAAAGAAGUUCAAAUAAGGCUUCGUGGUUGAAGAAAUCUUUCUUACUUGCCAUUUGUAAAUUGUAUUGUAUUCUACUCUAUCAUGUUAUGUUAUUAACGUUGAAAAAUAAAUCAAUUUAUAAUAUUCUUGUUA